UCUCAAGCACAAACAUGGAGCCAGAACUAGGUAAUGAUAAAAAUGCUCUUAAAGACCAAGUUGUUGUUGAUGACGAUCACCCCAUGGAAGAUGUUAAUGGAACUGGCGAAAACUCAAUGCCUACACCUCAGCAAGAGGAGGAAGUGGUAAGAAAAAAGUAUGGGGGAAUGCUGCCAAAGAAGAAGCCAUUAAUAUCCAAGGAUCAUGAGCGUGCCUUCUUUGAUUCUGCAGAUUGGGCAUUGGGCAAGCAAGGAGCACAAAAGCCUAAAGGAGCACUUGAAGCUCUACGCCCGAAGUUGCAGCCAACCCCCAACAACCAAAUGCGUUCAAGGCGCUCCGCUUAUGCUCCUGCUGAUGAUUAUGAUGCAGGUGAUGGUGGCAGUAAUCGUACAUCUUCUGAGGAAGAGAACAGCGCACCGGAUGCCGAGGGCGAUAAUAAAAGUGCUCCUGAGGAUCAGAGUUACCAUGGCUAGUCAACCAGUUGAGAGGUUCACAUUGGACCGAUUAAGAUUGUAACUUUGUUUCAUUUGUUCUGGACAUGGCAUGAGAGGAUGAUGAUAAGAGCUGCCAAUUAUAAUAAGUAAAAAACAUUAUUAAGUUUUUACCUGUAAAAGAAGAAGGAUGGUACACCCUUUUUGAAUUAGUAAAACUGUACUAGUAUAAAUCUUA